AUGGCGUUCAUCGGCUUGUUUCCCGCUAUUUUAUUCAUUACUUUUAUUACUAUCGGAGGUCAAAUACAACAAACCAGGUCUCUGUCAGGGACACCGGCUACUGAUGGAAAUAACGUAACAAAUGCAGAGAUCUACCGUAUCAUCACACAACAACUUCUUAAUGGUUUCGCUGUAUGGCGAGUAAAAAUGUUUAAUGAUCGAGUGUUUGUGGAGAAAACACGUCGGAGUUAUUGGCUUGGUGAUCGGUACUUCCGUAUGGAUAAUGAUUACUAUUGGAAAUCGAGAGAUACGUGUGCUUAUCGUAUGAAUGAAACAGAAAGAAGAAAUCUUGUUUACGAGGACGGUAUACCGAUUUACGACAUUAUUUACCAAUGUCAACGCUAUGCUGAAUAUUGUUGUGGUCUGGAUUGUUGCCGUAUUUAUGACCUUGAACAUCCACCCACUACACCAUCAUGGCGAAGACCACGAUGGAAUCAAGCUAUUUUUUACAUUCCCAACAUUGUUAUAAAUCAGUUACCGUCUCAGCGGAACUUGCCAGCGAACGGACAGCCACUCAUCGAUUUAGGCGGAUCUGAACGAAUAACCAAUCAAUGGGACUUUCUGGCAGCAGCACCAUCUCGUUUUGGGACCAUUCUGGAACUGCAGAACUUGCAGCAAGGGAUCUGA